AUGGACUUUCAGAGGACCCCGGUCGAGCGAUUCUGCCCCGUCGUCCCUCUCUACAAGGUCGACUCGUUCCCCGUGGGGGUGGCGACGCAGAGCCCGCUCGUGACGAACGCUCAGCAAUACACGAGGCUUCCUCUCGACAAGGAGAAACUCUUCGUGUACAGAGAACCCACUUUUCAAGAAGAGAACGUGUUUCAAUCGCUAAAGCAGCGACCCAUGGAGUUGCAUUAUGAGUUCUUUGGCAACACGAACGUGGUCCGGUUGCAUGCAGAACUGACGAAGCGUGUAAGAGAACAGACGGGUUACACCAUAGACCGGCAAUCAGACGAGACGUUGAGCAUCAUCAUGCGUUACAUAUUCGAAGAGAACGCUCUGCAUCAGCCGCACGAUAUACCAGGCCAGGUAGCCGCUCUGAACGAGUUGGUCCUCGCCACCAUAGUGCCCAUGGCCGUCACUCGCAUCAAGAUGCAUCUCGCAUACCUGAAAGACAUCACCACUCUUCCGGAACCAUUAGCCCGAGCGGUCAACACCAGCACCAUCGGCACGGCCGACAUGGCGAAGCGAGGGCCGAGAAAGAUCCACUUCCAGCACUUUCCCACCGACGUGCAAGCUCUGGUGCUCAGCAAGCUGGAGCGCCCAGAUGACCUCGCGAACGCGCUGUACGCUCUGGCUCACCCGGGCAAGGUCGGCAGGGACGUGACUCAGCGAGAGGCACACACGUUCGUCGAGCGCUUCGUCUCCUCGGACGCGCCCAAUCCAUGGCGCCCCGUGCUGCGAGCUUCCCUGGACGCCACGGGAACGGCGGCCUUUACCAGGCUCCGGAAGCGAAUGGGAGGCAUGGUAGGAGAGGCAGGUUUUGCGGUCACCCGUGGUCAACUGGGCCCGAUUCGGACGGCGAUCGAGAGGCGGGGCGACGAGCUCGAGGUACGGGACUCGGCCAAGAAUGCCAGGCUGGACUCGGAACUGCUGCUCUUCAACCGCAUCGGCUCCCUCCGCCAGGGCUGGGAAGAUUGGUCCCGCAACGCCGUGGAUCCGCAGUACGUGGAUGUCGGGGAGAUCUUCGUUGCGACCGGACGUGGGCGCUGCGUGGGCGUCGCAAACGCGGCACGUAAGGCUCCGCAGGAGAAGGCCUUGUGCAGGCCGCUUAAUCUGCCCCAACAGCUGGCCGUGAACGCGUGCGAGGGGAUGGUGCAGAUCAUGAGCUCCCUCAGGAUCAAGCUGGUCAUAGACAUCACCAUGUCGGAGGCCGUCUACGAGGGCAUGUUCCACUUCCCGCACUCCCGAGAGAUCGUCAAAGAGGGAGAGAGGACGGUGGCGCGCUUCGUGGUCUGCAUGAUAUUCGACCACAGGCGCUGUAACCCUUGCGCGGCGGCGCACGAGAAGCUGGAGUACGAGCUGCAGAGCGACGGGACCCUCCUGUACAACGUCUGGGGAGUGCACCACGCCGACGUCGACAUCCUCUCGUGGAGAGGCACGGACCCAAAUACGGGUGCCCUCUUCGACACUGCGCGGUCGCGCGAACUGUUUGCAAAGGGACUCGAGAAGCUGAUCACCAACAUCCGACACCCAGACCUCGGGCAACACAAGCUGGAGGUCUGGGGCUGUCGCACCAUGGUGCAGAUCGAGACGAAGGAGCUCGGGUGCCCCAUCUUGCAGGAUCGCAUCUCUUCCAUACAGGAGGUGGAGGAAGAUUUCCUAUCCGAUGACGAGGGCGACAGCCUCUACGUCAAGCUGGACUGGGGGCGUCUCUUCCGCAUCCUGAUCAUCCAGCAGACCCUGGGCCCGAGCACGCUGAGCUUCGGGUUCCUCAGGGAGCCGUGCGGCCUCGACACGGAAUGGUGCCACUGGAUGCACGGCUGUUCUAAGAUACCCACCGCUAAGUUCGGGGCACGCAUGCAGGAGCUGCUAGGCGGAGCGCGCGUAGGCAGGAAGAAGCGCAAGCGAGUAGCCUGA